AUGGAGGCCCAGAGGCCACUGAGGCCCCUACCCCGGGAAAGCUCUCCACCGGCACCCUCAGGUUCCACUUGCCCACCACCUCUCAUCUUGCACUGGUACAUUUUCAAGACCUUGUGGCUGCGGGAUGAGAUUUAUUCAGUGGGCACGCGGGGUUCCAGAACUCCAUGCCUGGCUUUUGAGGAAAAGAAAUGGAAACAUACCAUGUGGCUAAGGAGGAGAAUGGAGUGGUUAUCAGGCACUUACGAAGGCAUGAAGAGACUAGUGUGGAAUGACUUCCCUGAACGUAACCCAGAACCUUACACCCGCCUGGGAGCGAGGGCGCGAGCUCCAGGGUGGAAGACCAAGUGGAGGCGGCCAGAAGGGACCAAGCUGACAGCUUCGCGGAGCGUUUGCAGCAACUGUGGGACCACGACGCGCUUCGCCACAGCUAGAGGGUGCGACCUGGACCCACGGGAUAAUCCUCAUGCAAAUAGCGGGAAGAACAAAGGAAGGGGGGGCCCAGGACCCCCGGGGGCGCAGGUGGGCGUGGGGGGCGGCGGGCCGGGCGCGGGGGCGGCCGGGCGCGCGCGGGACCGGGCGCCGGCGGGCCGCAAGCGACCGCGCGGGGCUCCGUGCCGCCGAGGGUCUGCGUCCGUGUGCGCGCCCGUGCGCCGCGGCGGAGCGCUGGCCGCUGCGCUCCUGGCGCGGUGUGGCGGCGCGCCGGAGCCGGCCGGGGACGCGGGAAGCGGCGGGGGCGACGAGAGCCGUUCCUGUGAAGCUGGCCGCGGCGCGCGCGCACACGCACACGCAGCCGCGGGGCUCGGCCGGCUCGGCGCCCGCGCGGGGGGCGGGCCGAGGGCGGGCCGGGUGGCGGCGGGGGCCGAGGGCGCGCCGCUGCCCGGCGCUGGGCGCCUGCCUUCAGCCGCCUCCCCGGACCGCAAGCAGUUCGCCGCCGCGGGAAGGGGGAAGGGACUUGGAGAUCGCCUGCUCCUGGCCGCAACUGAACCCACGGCUUCUCCCUGCCUUCCCGGGCCAAGGAAUCUUUCCCCUCACUCAGCUACCCGCAUGCCAGCUGCCACCUUUUUGGAGAAGGACUACACCUGUGCUUAUUCUCGCUUUGGAGGAGAGAUUUACAACACGCUGAAGGAACUGGUAUAUAUAAAUGACCUGCUAACUCAAGACUUCUUCUGUCGGAGCAUGGGCCUCUCCUGAGAUGGACUUUCAGAGCUGUGAAGGAUCUGAGGGAUGUGCAUGCCAGCCUACCCACCUCUGCCCCUGAGUGACAAGCACUGGGACUCAGGUUCUCCUUCACUGGACAGCCUGUUCCACUGGUAGACUGCUGCAUUUCCAGAGAAUUCUUGGAAUUGUAUCCUCAAGUAACUUCUACCCACUGGUCUGAGUUCUCUCCACAAUCAAUGAAAUCAUCCUUUCACUUAUCAACCCUUCAAAUAUUGGUUUAUUUGCACUCAUCCUUCAGUUUUUCUUGUCCCUGUCCCUUGGACAUUUUUCACGUGGCAUCUUUCCAGCCACUUUCCCACCCGGCGUGCUCUCCAGCUCAUUCAUGUCAAACGUGAAUGUGUCAUUCAGUAUCCAGGUGUGGUAUUGGGAUUACAUCCAUUGUUUUUUGGCAGUUGCACUACCCUGUUGACUCAUCAACACUCCUGAAGUCCUUUAGUGUGACCUGUUAUGGAACUCCAGUGGGAAGAACAUACUACUCAGAUGGAACCAAGGAUUAGUGAUGAUUAUGAAAAAUAAUAGUGAUGUCUGUGGACGCUCUGCUCAUUUCUCUGUGCAUUCCUGCUGCCCCACCCAAGAUAGUUAUGGAGAGAACAAAUGCUUAUUACGUUCAAAUUACGUGUAGGACAAUGUCUUAGACACUUUAUAUUUACUACCUGUUUAACUUUCUAGGCAACCAUAUUCAUAGAUACUAUUAAACUCUUACACUGAAGACACAGAGAUUGGGAGAAAUUAGCUAACAUGCUUAAGAUCACAUAGCUUGUAAUUGCUAGAGCAUGAAUACGAAUCUAGGUUUGCCUCCAAAUCCCAGGCUUGCUAAGGUGCAUUCCCAGGAGCUAUAAAGAGGAUAAGCUUAGCUAUCCAAGGCGCCUGUUCUCAUUAUCUCUGAAAAACAUGAACAAGAUAUCUUAAAGGAGUUAUGAUAUCUUCUUCCUAUCCUUUGAAGAAAGAAAGGAUCCGAGUUACUGUGUUACUUCUCUGUUCCAGCUGCACCAUAUCUGUUUACCAUUUAGUCCUCAGGAUAAUUCUGGGAGGACAGCAUUAUUGUCAUUACCAUUGACAGGAAGGUGAAGAAGCCAUGGCUCAGAGAAGACAAAGCUAGGUUACUCACACAGCUACUUGCAUUUAGAGCCCAUGUGCUUUCUGCCACACUAUGCCACUUCUCAAGUUUUUCAGCUCAGCCCUAAGUGUCUCCCUCCUAGAGUGUUUCUGGAUAGACUGUCACCCACCAUGAUAGUGUCCCCUCUCCUAUGCAGCAUUUCCAAAAGUAGUGAUUUCCCAAAUUACCUAAAUGGAAAACAUAAGAAUCCUCAUCAAAUUAGAUGAGCAUUCAUUAUUUAAUUCUAUGUGCAUAGCUUUGGGCCAAGGGCCAGUCAGGGAAGCAUGCUAGGAAACCAGCUGAAGUUAUUAAAGCUCAGCGCAGAUGGGGGACAUCAUGCUUUAUUCCAUUUCCAUUGUAUGACCCCAUCCAUGAACUCAUGGUAAGUGCAGUGGUUGCUAUCAAGACCUGAUCAUUUAGUGAUGCUCACUUGAGGGCCAUGGACCCUCCAGCCUUCAGGUGGAAUUAAUUCACUUGCCAAAUCAUAGGUAUAGAAAUUUAGAGACCACUAGUAGGAAUCUUGUGAAUCACAUUACUAAUCUUUGCAUUUGCAAAGAAUGGAAGUGUUCACGGAGUAUGUAUUACUAACCUUAUUCCAUUUGUUCCUCCCAACCAACUGGUAAUGUAGGCCAGCAAGGGUUCUUUGCUCUGUUUUGCAAAUGAGUCAGUAGCUCAAAGGACUAAGAGACUAGCUCAGAGCCUCACCGUUUCUAAGGGACAGAGCCUAAACACAGUCUGUUCAAGCUGUGAAUCCUGUACGUGUCCUCUGCCGUCUCUUUUCCCUUCACUCCUCUCUUGCACUAUUUGCCAAACUUCUUGUACAUCUUUACCCUUGCCAUUGGCCUGUUGGCUGUGAGCAGCCAGUAGCUCAGAAAGAACUGAGAUGCACCACGCUGGAAUUGCUCUUUUCUCAGGCUCCACUUCCCAUGCCAUCUGAUCGCUCUGUCUUUUCACAAAACAGAUGCGAUGGCUUGUAGGUUGUCAUCAAUCUUCACUGUCAACCGCAAGUCUGGUUGACCCUGCAGCACUAAGCUGCUGUAAACGUUCCUUUUCCCCAGGCAAGUACCUGUGUAUCAAUCUUAAUGUCACACUAACCAUUUGAAAAACUUACAACUUCACUCAAUUUCUCUAGGGUGGAUAGUAAGUUGAAAAAUUGUCCGGGAAGCACAGCCUUUCCUGUGGGUUGGCUCAUUGAAGAACACUUGACCUAAAACUUGCUCUGUCUUCAGCCAGUGGACAGAAGGAACAGUGUCCCUACUGCCCAGCUCAGAGUCAAAGCCUGCUGACCACUGCCUCAACCUCUGUCCUCAUCACCCCCUGGCAACCACUAACCUAGCCUCCCUGUCUAAAAUGUUGUCAUUUCAAAAAUGAACAGAAUCAUAUAGUAGGUAGCCUUUAGAAUUGGCUUUUUUCUACUCGGCAUCAUUCCCCCAGAGAUUCAGCCAAGUUGUGCUAUAGGGUUUUGUUUUGUUUAUUAUCAUACGUUAAGACCAUAUGUUAACAAAUUUUAUUUAGUUUUAAUUUUUUAAAACAUUCAGUUAGGUAUUUUGUUUUGGUUUGUUUUUAGUUAACCAAAAUCUGUAGCUGGGGUAACAGAGGCUAGCUGUGCCACUUCCUAGCCAGGAGACUUGUGGAAUGCUUAAUCUUCCUGAGACUCCAGGUCCUUGCCUUUAGAAUGAGUGUAACAAUUAGACUCUUAUAUUUGACUUUUUAAAGUUUCAAGGAGGAGAAGCAUCCAAAUUCCCUUCAUUAAUGGAGUUGUGUUAUAAUGAUGCAAGGCAGUGUCUUUUUUAGCCACAGUACCUCCAAGUCCCAGUACUUCAAAGAUUGGGAUAAACAACGAGCCUCAUGCGUUAUUUGGAAGGGAAAGACAUUAGAUUCAGUGGCCUACCUUUUCUGUGACUCCCUGUCCAAGAGAGUCCUAUUGCCCAAGAGAAAGGGUGUGAUUGGGUUGGUUGGCCAUUUCCAAUAUAGAGAAACUGUAAUGGGUCCACACCAAACCCUAUGAAGGUGGUAUCCUCUCUCAUGGCCCUCUUGUAGAUGCACUACAAGAAUCUGUAAACUUCUCUGUCUGGCCAUCUCUGUCUGCCAAUUGGUCGGAAACAACCAAAGAUGGGGAUUGCCUUAGGAGGUGAUAACCAUGUCACUAGAGGUAUUCAGGCUGAGGCUGAUGGUCAUAUAGUAUAUAUGGGACUAUAAGCAGAGAAUCAACUGAUUUCUGGUUUAGCCAUCUGUAGAUGAAGGGCAGAAUUUAUUCAACAUAGUAAAAAAAAAAAAAAAGGAAA